UAUUGCUUGGCAGACAGUAGUUACAGAAUAUUUUUUUAUCGUGUGCAUCUCUUGCGCCCGUACAUCGUCCUUCCUCUCCUCCUAAAAUUGAAAUGAAGUCUGCAAAUAUCGGUCGACGAUGAUGACGUGAUUUAAGUUCAGACUGUCAGGAAAAGGUAAGGCGCAAUUACCUAUAACAAUAGCUAGGAUACUCGUGGUUAGAAAUAUCUUUAUAAAAUAUCGGCAGUCAUGACCUAUGCACAUUUUCGUCGGUAAGAUAUAGGUACAACCCCUUCAUACACUAGGUACCAUUUUAGUGACCAUCUAGAUUUAAAUGCAGUUGUGUAUCGGUCUUAUAUUUUGUGUUUAUUAUUUAGGUACCUUAGAUUACGAUUUAAUUACCUACAAAGAUUUGGUCUGUCAUUUAAUUUUCUUGACGAAUGACGAAUAAUAAUAAGAUGACAAAGACAUUGAAAAAAAGGUAAGAUGGUAUGUACAUAGUAGGUACUUACAUAUAUAAUUAUGACAUUUUCGUGCUUGCAAAGCAGUACCUACAGUAGGUAACGUACCUACGAAUGUACUUAAUAUACUCUUUGGAAUUGGAAUGUACGACACGGGCGUCCCAUAGUCUGCCUACUCCCAUGGGAGACAGGCGUGAGGUUAUGUAUGUAAUAGACCGUACUUCUUCCUCUACCUUUAGGUAGAGGUACUUAUUAUAAUCAUUGUUACUGACAUCGCUGUAAAAAAAAUUACUGUCAACUUGACAAGAGGAACCAGUUUUAUUUAUUGUAUCGUUUUUAUAUUUUGUACCUAGUUAAGUUUAUAUUUUAAUAACGUUAAUAUUAAACAGUUAUGGGAGUAACCGUAACAAAUCAGCAGUUGUGUCCAUCGUGUGCAUGUCAUCGCGAUUGCCAAGGGUUUCAAAAGUUAGCAGAACUCAAAGAAGCUGGUUUGGUGGUUUAUUGUCACAAUAAACGUACAAAAGAUGCUAGACCAGACAGCACGGCUGAACAAGCUGAUACAUCUCAGAACGUGUUUAUUCUACACAACACGAAAGAUGUGAAAUUAAAAUCUUCCGAUUUAAAAUCAGAACUCGAAAGAAAAGAUGUAUGCUGCCCACGAUGUAGGAAAGCCUACCAGCAUGUUCAAAAACUCAUACAAAAAGUGACGUCCAUAGACAGGAAAAAAGUAAUGGGCCUAUGCGACCAUUGUCGUAAAAAAGCUGAAAAAAAGAACAAAACAUGUUCUACGUGUGAAGAGAUUGUGAAGAAAUUCAUAUCAGUUAAGGGUCAACAAAAAGAAGACACAAAACAGUUCAUUAAAAUAUGGCUUUCAAAGAUGGGGGUUUAUUUUAAAGAGCCUAUAAAAUUUGACCAAUCAUUACUCGACGAAAUAGCUCCAGGUUCUAAAGACACUGGUGAAUCUCAUGACGUAAACCUUGAUCAGUUGGCUCGAAAAUCGUCUAUGCCGAAACGGGAGCCGGAAGUUCAAGAAAUGUUUAUUUCAGAAGCACAUAAGUCAGAUUCAGAAUCAAAUAUAGAUACCAAUAUACAAAAACGUCCUAAAUUAGUACAAUUAGUAGAUAAUAAUCGACCUACGGUAUCGAGCGACAUCUCUUUACUUCAUAAACCUCACGAAGGAAAAAUAGAAGUACCACUUUCAAAACCUGUAUUCAUUCAGUCAGAUGCGACUUUUGUGGAACCAUAUUCAAAUGUCAAUGCACAAAUUAAAAGUUCGUUAAAAGAAAAAGAGGAACCUAAGUCCUUAGGACGUUGUGAUGAUACGUUAAUAGAUGCUAAAGAAGCAAUUAAAAAGAGACAUGAUAUCAGCUUGAGACAGAUGACACAAACUGAAAAAGAACUGCCAUCGAAAAGACCGCAAGUAAAUGAAAUUCCGAAAGUGGCACCAUGGGAAAAAGAUUAUGAUUCGAAAUAUUACGGCGAAUCUGAAACAGAUAUAAAAAUUAAAAAGGCUUAUGUUAUUCGCAGUCAAGAAUCCUUAUCAGUAAAAAGUGUUAAAUAUGAAGCACCAAGACCCUCACAAAAAGAUUUACGAGAUCGUCAUGGCCUAGGUAAACAUGGUGACCAUAAAAUAAAAAAGGGUAUUCAGGAUUUUGACUCAAGUACUCAAGCAUUGACCGACGAAGACGUAUUACAAACAAUUAAUGAUAGGGUUAAAUCAAAACAUCGAGUACUUAAGCAUAAAACCGGACAUAAAAAAUCACUUGGACCUAAAAGAACUGCAGAGAAUAUUACUAAAACACAAUUUAGUUUCUUUUUCCCAAAAGUACCAGAGAAAGAAAAAAAACCAGAAAUUGACAUUCAUUCAUCACAUCUAAUUAAACUUACCCAAGAAAAGUUCCGUCUGCAAGCUGAAAAAGAGGACAAAAAAAGACGAAUGAGAGAAGAAAGGAAAAAGCGUGCCCAAACUCAGAAAGAAACCCCGGCAAUGACUGGUGGAAAAAUGGCAAGACAUGAAUACGAGAGAGAUCUUGAUCGCUCAAAAGAUGAAAAGUUUACGAAAGCUAAGGCUAUGGAGGAGAUGGAGACAAGAAAAAUAUCUGGGACUGUACAAACCAAAGAUAAAAAAGUUGAAGAACUAGAAAAAAUUAAAAGAGAUGUAAAAGUAGAACUUGAACACAAAUAUGGAAUUGAUGAACAAUCCGGAAAAACCAAACGGGACUCUGGUUUCAAACCGGAACAGGUAGGUAGGACUGAUGAAAUAAGUAAGAAAAUAAAAAGAGAUGGUCAAUCAAAAUUUGAAACCGAUAAACUGAGUGAGAAAGCCAAGAAAGACAUAAAAUCAAAACCAGACAAAAAGUUGGCAAUUGGUGAAGUUGAUGAAAAAUCCAAGAAAGACGUUAAGUUGAGACCUGAAGAGAGAGAUGUAUCCGGUAAAGGAAGUGAAAAAGCCAAGAGAGACAUAAAAUCAAAACCAGGUGAAAAGUUUGCAACUGGAGAAGUUGGUGAGAAAGCCAUGAAAGAUAUAAAAUCAAAAGCAGGUGAAAAGUUUGCAACUGGAGAAGUUGGUGAGAAAGCCAUGAAAGAUAUAAAAUCAAAAGCAGGCGAAAAGAUUGCAACUGGAGAACUUGGUGAGAAAGCCUCGAAAGAUAUAAAAUCAAAAGCAGGCGAAAAGAUUGCAACUGGAGAACUUGGUGAGAAAGCCUCGAAAGAUACAAAAUCAAAACCAGGCGAAAAGAUGGCAACUGGAGAAGUUGGUGAGAAAGCCACGAAAGAUAUAAAAUCAAAAGCAGGCGAAAAGAUUGCAACUGGAGAACUUGGUGAGAAAGCCACGAAAGAUACAAAAUCAAAACCAGGCGAAAAGUUUACAAUUGGAGAAGUUGGUGAGAAAGCCACGAAAGAAGUUAAGUCAAAACCCGAAGAAAAAGAUGUAUCUGGUAAAGUAAGUGCGAAAGCUAAAAAAGAUAUAAAGGAACGUACGGAUCAAUUAGGUGGAAUUGAUGAAAAAGGUGAGAAAAUCAAGAAGGAUACCAUAAAAGCAAAACCAGAACAAGGAAAACUCGACGAAUCGUUAGGAAAAGUGGAAAAAGGAUUAAAGUCAACCCCCGAAAAACCAGUCAAAUUAGAUGAAGCAACCCAAACUAAAAAAGACGUUUUAAAAAUAUCUGAAGCAAAGGGAGCAGGUGAAACUAGCAAAGAAAAAGGAGUAGAAACAAUUAAAAAAGGAACGAAAAUAGGUGAACAAAAAGAAAAAGAUGAAUUAAAAAUAAAAAAGGAUAUCAGGCAAAAAGCAGGAGAAAAGGAUAGUACUCUACAAGAAGCGGUUAAAAAGGACUUGAAACAUAUAUCCGGUAAAAGGAGUAAAACAGAUGUUGCAGACAAAGAUGAAACUGAAAUAAAAUCAAAACAGGAUCAAAAACUACAAACUGAAGAAGCCGAUGUGCUUAAAAAAGACGGCACAUCUAAAUCAGACAAAGAACAAGCGAAAAUUGAUGCAUUAACGCGAAAACAACUUGAGAAACAAGAACAGGAAGAAAAAAUAAAAAGAGAAAAAGAAAAGAAAGAAGAUCAAGAAAGGUUAAAAUUAGUAGAACAGUUACAUAAAGAUAAAGCGUCAGCCAAAGUUCAAGCCGCAAAGGACGCAGCCAAGCAACAAACUACAAUGGACGCGCAAGAACCAGGGAAAAAGAAAGGGAAAAAGGGAGCAACGUCUAAAAAAUUGGAAGAUGAUACAAAAGGUUCUUUAAGUCACGUUGAGGUAUUACAGAAAUCACUUAAAGCUGACAAAUCAAUCGAUGCACAAAAAACAUUAACAAAGAAGGAACUUUUAAAAAUUGCUCAAGAAGAACAACUAGAAGCAAAGAAAGCAAAAGCUGCUGCUGCAGAUGCUGCUCAAUUUAGAAAACUACAAGAACAGCUUGUAAAAGAAAAAGAUAAAGAGAGAUUAAAAAGAUUAGAUGUAAAUGCUAUCUUCGGACUUGGGAGAUCUGAAGGAAAACGAAAAAUAAGUAAAACUAUAAAAAAGCGAGUGCUAAAACCGUUCAACGUUUGGAAAUCAGUUCGUAUAAAACCAGGUAUGACUCCAUCACAGAGAAGGCUGCCUAAGAAUCUCGACCCUCUAUUGAUGAAGGCACACAGACGUCAUCAAAUAACCGGCCAAAUGUGUCCAUCAUGUAUACUUUGUUGUGAUUCUGAAUUGGAAAUCGAGUUUGAAAGCUAUUUAAAUGAACUGAAAAGAAGGGAAAAGCACAUUAUUAUUGGCGAAAGAAUCUACAAAAAUAAACAAAUCGUUGAAAAAGAACAUAAAGAACCAAAAAAUGUUCCAAUGCUUUUUCAAGCAGGAUUUAAUGAUGAAAAUAUCCAAGCAAUAACUGACAAAGUUGCCCCAGAAGAUAAACUAGACCCAGAAUCAGCAAAACGGAGGAUUACUCCGACAUCAUCAAAAAGAAGUAUUAAAUCGUUUGACACAGACCCUGGCAGAGGCAUUAUAAGGUAUGCCUUAUCAGAUCGCACCUUCAUUGAUAAGGGUUGGACCAUGCUGCCUACAGAGAAAGUUGUACGGAAGAUGAAUGUUUACCGUAUGCGUCCAGCACAUCCUGAAUUUGAUUGGUUUGAACACAAUAAAAAUAAGCGGUUAAUGACAUACGACUCGGGCGAAAGGCUAGCAGAGUUUGAUGAUAAUGGACGUGGUCGCUGGUACUACAGGAAUGGACGACUAGCUCUAGAUUAUUACGAUGCACAAGAAACCAAUGCUCAACAACGUUUCGUUAUAUACAGCAGCGGUGAACCCGAUGAGCGUGGUCGCAGUCAUCCUAUUACAAUACUAGCCACUUUUGAUUAUCUCGGAAAUGGUGUAGUUUUCGAUCACGCGGGCAAGAUACGACUUAAAUACAAUCAAACAGAAGGUGUGGUACUAGACCGUGGAAUUGGUCCUGUUUCACAUUGGAAAUGGCAUACAUUGAAUGAUCCCCCGGUCCUUCAGCAAGUCAUGAUAGAUACUCAAAUGGCUCACAAAGAUCCUGAAAUCGUUCAGCUUGGGUCCAUCGCAGACACAAGACUUCGCCCGGAUAAUGAAGAAAUGUUAGCUAUAGAAUUUGAUAAUUUUAUCAAAGAGAAAAGUAAGAAAUUGUCUCAAAAAUUUAAACCGUUUCAAAUAAAGAUGAAAGCUUUGAAGAUCAAUGAACAUUUUUCUUUGAAAGUGCUAGACCAAGCUACUAUAUAUCUCAUUUAUAGAGAUGGUUCAACGAAUCUUAAGCUUAAUAUUGGUAUGAUAUUGGAUCACCAGGAAAUUGUGGACACCGAUACUGCAGAAGUGGGGGAAGUGUCGAACAGUUUGGAACGGUUCCCAGCUCGUACUGAUAGUCUUGCAGGUUUACAACGCAGUGUGGCUUACGCCCAGCGCUACGAGAGACAGCGUGCGGAGCGAGAUCGACGGUUACGGAGACCAGAACCCCAUGCUAGUGUAGAUAAUUUGACUGCUGCACUAGCUCCACCUUUGCGACCUCCUUUGCUAACGGUUAAUGGAUCAUCAUCGGGUGUUGAAUAUUGUAAUUGUAGAAAACCUGCAAAUAAUCUGUACUAUAAUACUCGUCUUCUUUGAUGGAUAUAUGGACUUGUUAAAAAUUUUCUUUAUACUCGGUAUGU